UUCUAUAGUCAUUUUCGUUUAUUUCUUCUUUAUUUACAUUUGAUAAACCUGUCGUGGGCAAAGAUAAAAUUUGGUUUUGAAACUGUUUGUUAUUUGCACAAAGAUUAAGAAUGGUGGACCCUAAUUUCAUUGAAGUUAAUGAAAUCGCCGGAUAUUGGUCAUUUUUGGCAAGUAUUGACUGGAACGAUCCGUGGCUGAUUGCGCUUGUAGCGGUGCAUGUUCUUACAACGGUGACUACUUUGAUGACAAGGAACAACACUAAUUUCCAAAUAUUUCUGUUUCUAAUACUAUUAUCAGCAGCAUACUGUUCGGAAGGCAUUAACGAAUUUGCGGCAGCUAAAUGGAAGAGUUUUUCUAAGCAGCAAUAUUUUGAUAGUAAUGGGCUUUUCAUUUCGACAGUAUUUUCAAUACCGAUAUUACUGAAUUGUAUGUUAAUAAUUGGUGCUUGGAUGUACAACUCGUUGCAAAUUAUGGUUACGCUAAAAAGAGCACAGCUUCUGCAGAAAGUGAAGCGAAAUCAACAAGAAAAGGACGCAGAGCAAACUAAAGAAGUUAAAUCAGAGCACGUAAAAUCUGACUAAACUAUUUUGGAAUAUAUAUUAUUAUAAAAUCUACUAUACUUUUAGAAAAACUAUUUGUACCAGUAGUAUUUAAUUUUAGUUUGACAAGUUAAAUGAUAUAAAUAAAUUUACAACAAUAAAA